AUGGCAGAGCCCCUCCCCGCCGCAGUGCAAGCUUCCUACUCGGUCAUCAUCGACGAGAUCCUACGCGCCAGCGACAUCAACACCAUUUCUGCAAAGCGCAUACGGAAGGGUCUUCAGGAAAGAGUCGAGGAUGACCUUUCGCAGCAGAAGGAGCAAAUCACCACGCUCAUUAUGCAGCGCUUCGACAAGUUCAACAACGAGCAGAACGGCGGCUCCGAGGUUUCUGAACCCAUACCUACUGUCGAGAACGGCGCAAAGGCCUCCAACGACGACACCUCCGACGUCUCCCACAACAAGCGAUCGCCGCGCGAUGACGAGUCAGUGCUCUCUGAGGUUGAAGAUGUUGCACCUCCCAAGAAGAAGGUUAAGAAAACCAAAGUCAAAGACGAGGAUGACGAUGCAGCUUUCGCGGCGAGAUUACAGGCUGAGGAGAACGCGCGCAUGGGUAGGGCGACACGCGGUGGGAAUACAAAGCGGAAGGCACCUGCGCCAAAGAAGACCAAAACCAAGAAGAAGAGCUCUACCCGCAUCAAAGACGAGGAUGACAGCGACAUCGCAUCAGGGAGUGGGGGCGAGAAGAAGAGCCCAAGCCGGAAAGGUGGAUUCCACAAACCUAUGGCUCUUUCCCCAGCCCUUUCUGAACUCCUAGGCGAAACACAGCUCUCGCGUCCACAAACCGUCAAGAAGAUUUGGGAGUACGUCAAAGAGCGCGACUUGCAAGACCCGGCCGACAAGCGCCAGAUUCGAUGCGACGACGCCAUGCGCGCAGUCUUCAAACAGGACCGCGUUCACAUGUUCACCAUGAACAAGAUUCUCAACCAGAAUCUGUACGCCGUCGACGAAGUCAUCUCCACAUAG